AUUUGGCUGUCAGUCGGACCUCGGUAGAAAGAGAGGAAAAAAAAAUAGGGUAAGCAACUCCAAAAUGAAGAAAGAAAGGGGGACAGAGGAGGCAGUGUUUGACCACAGGAAAAGAAUGAUUAUUCUUUCAGAAACUUUGGAAUGAAGAGUAGUUUCUAAGGAGAGAGAGAAAAGGAGUAAUAUUGACGAGAGAAAGGAAGGACAGAAUAAAGAGGGAGAGGGGAGUUGUCCCUGUCAGGAGGCAGAGAUCAUAAAAACCCUCCUCCUCCUCCACAGCUGUGAACAUCGCAACAGCACUCGAAUGCUGUACAGCGGUUAGUAACUUCACUUUUACUUUUUUGUUCUUUUGUACUUGGAUGAAUUGCACACACAAACUUAAAACGCGUGCAGAAACAGAAGAAGAAAGUCAGGCCAGUGAUGGGCUGGGAGCAUGGAGACUCCCAUUGAUUUCUACAGACACUUCUCUUGGCUCAAAAAGGUGAGCCUCUGCACUCCAGCCAACAAUGAAACCUAUCAGGAACGACUACUUCGACUAGAAGGAGACAAGGAAUCUCUGGUGCUGCAGGUAAGCGUUUUGACAGACCAAGUUGAGGCUCAAGGAGAGAAAAUCAGAGACUUGGAAACUUCUUUGGAAGAGCAUCGACAGAAAUUGGCUUCCACAGAGGAGAUGCUGCAACAGGAGCUGAGGAGCAGGACUUCUCUGGAGACACAGAAGCUGGAUCUAAUGGAUGAAGUGUCCUACCUGAAGCUGAAGCUGGUCACCAUGGAGGAAACACGAACGAGCACAAACCCUCAGGAUGCUGCAAAUGCAAAGAACAGCAAAGCUGAGUGUGUGGUAAAUCUCAUCAGUGAGCUCCAGGAGCAGAUGUGCAAGUUUCAGGAGGAGAUCAGCACUCGCAUCCAGGAGAAGCGGGCACUUGAGGAGAAGGAAGCCCAACAGGGGGACCCAAGUGGCCACCCAGUUCAGAGCGCCGAUCCUAAUGCUGGGUCAAACCUGAGCUCUGCUUCUCUGAAACACAGUGGAGAAAGACAGACUGUGCAUGAUUUGCUUCAAGAAGUCAAGCAGCUGACAAGCAAAGUGCAGGAGCUGGAGGGAGAAAAGAACCAGUAUGAGAGGAAACUCAGGGCCACCAAGCUCUCCAUCUCUUACUCUCUCCAUGUGUGUUACCAGUCGCUCAUGACCCAGCUGUCCAGCCUCAAGCUGACUGUGGAGCACACACAGCUGGAGAAGCAGCACUGGGAGGAGCGCUGGCGCAGCGCACAGGCAGAAAUCUCAGAGCUGCAGCAGCUUUUGGUCUCUAAAGACACAGAGAUCGAGUGCUUACAGACCCAGCUGCUGGCCAGAGGCGGCACCGCCAACAACAACGCAGAGAGAGAGGAGGUGUAUAUCAAGCAGCUGAUUAGCAAAUACCAAGAAUACCAGAGGCUGAAGGUGGGGAUGGAGUCUUUGUUGGCCUCAAAUGAUGAAAAGGAUCGUCGUAUAGAGGAGCUGACUAUCCUGCUUGGUCAAUACAGAAAAAUGAGGGAAAUUAUGUCACUUACACAUGGAAGUAGUGAAGAGGAGCUGAGUGGCAGCUUGAAUUUAAAAGCCAUAACACACAAAGCCCAUUCUGAUAUCGUCAGAUCAGAGAUGUCAUCAAGAGGGUCUUCUCCACUCAUGCUGUAUUCAUCUCCCUUUCAGAGAGGACUUGAGUCAAGUUUCCAGCACUCCAUAGACACUUCGUUGGUGACAACUGGUGAUGCAAGUUUCUUAAAUGGAUCAUUGCAUCGACGCAGAUUACUCUCCAGCAGUCUUGAAGAGUUGCAAAGUGGAUCUUUUCAAAAGGCUGGAGAGAUCCAGCCAGCUGAAACUGAAUCAGGCGUAGGGGCAGAGAGUCCACAAAUGGAGCCGAGCAAGUACCAAACUCUGCCAGGAAAACUGAGUAAAAAGAAAGAACCCAAGGAUGAGCUGAACAGCAGCAGCAGAGGCGGAGAGACAGAGUAUUUAUCUCCUGCCCACAACCACAGCAAAGACUAUACCCUGGUUCGGUGCAGGAGUGCCAGCGCACCAGCUUUAGGAUCUCCAGGGAAACAUGACCUCUAUGAUGUUGACCACGCAGGGAAACUGGAAGAGUCCCCCCUGUCCUCUGGAGUGGACUCAGGACAACAGUCACCUGUCUCUCCUGAGAAAAGGAAGAGUCACAGAGGCAUUAAGAAAUUCUGGGGAAGAAUUCGUCGCAGUCAGUCGGGCAGCCCAGUUCAGGUUCACGAUCCAGAGAUGGGAGAUUUCAAGAGGGGCGGCUUCCGAGCUACAGCUGGGCCGAGGCUGACCCGUUCAGGGAAACAACGAGAUCUCAAGUUGCCAUUUUCUAAGUGGAGCACAGAGCAGGUUUGCGACUGGCUGGAGGACAUCGGACUUGGUCAGUAUGGCCUUCUCGCUCACAACUGGGUCAGCAGUGGUCAGACUCUGCUGGCGGCAACCCCACACAACCUAGAGAAGGAGCUGGCGAUGAAGAAUCCACUCCACAGGAAGAAGCUCCAGCUGUCCUUAAAGAGCAUCUGUAGCAAGCAGCCAGAAAAAUCUGCAGAGCUCGAUUAUGUUUGGGUCACUCGUUGGCUUGAUGACAUCGGCCUCCCUCAGUACAAAGAUCAGUUUAAUGAUGGGAGAGUGGACGGGCAGAUGCUGCAGUACCUCACUGUGAAUGAUCUGUUGUUUCUCAAAGUUACCAGCCAGCUGCAUCAUCUCAGCAUCAAGUGUGCCAUUCAUGUUCUUCAUGUCAACAAAUUUAACCCAAACUGCCUUAGACGCAGACCUGGAAAUGAGAAUGAGUUCAGCCCCAGCGAAGUGGUCCAGUGGUCCAACCACCGGGUCAUGGAGUGGCUGAGAUCUGUGGACCUGGCAGAGUACGCUCCCAACCUGAGGGGCAGCGGCGUGCACGGAGGGCUGAUAAUGUUGGAGCCUCGGUUUACCUCCGACACAAUGGCCAUGCUGCUGAACAUCUCUCCUCAAAAAACACUGCUGAGGCGCCACUUAAACACCAAUUUCAACAACCUGGUGGGAGUACAGGCUCAGCAGGAGAAGAGGGAGUACACUGAAGCAGCAGGAUAUUCCCCACUCAGCAUCACAGCUAAAGUCAAGCCAAAGAAGUUGGGCUUAUCUCACUUGACAAACCUGAGGAGGAGACGGCAGGACGAGUCCACAGACUACGUCUGUCCCAUAGAGACUUCGUCGCCCGAGUCCGGACAGUCUGUGGCCAACGGGGUGCAGAUGUGUCCAUACGCCGGCUUUAGAGGUCUGAGUCCCAUUCUGGACCGAGAACCCACCCGGGACCAGAUGGUGAAAGCAGAGAACACCAUUUUACAAAUAGAAGCUUUGUCUGAAAGCAUCAACAACCUCACAUACCUGCUGAGCCGGGACGAGCCGCGGAAGGACCUGAGGUGGUCACAAACGGCGCUGGUGUGAGGGACGACUGCGUCGUCGGCUUUCCUAGACCUGUGGCCGGCUCAGCCCGGCGGGCCUAACACUGCGGCGUGGAGCCAGUCCCACUCGCUUCCUGUAACCACUGCUACCUCAUGUAACACCUGCAGCCCUUCUGUGGACACAGACAAACUGCAAACACAAGCUGACAGUGAAGAGCGAUGGCUUCUUGAAAGCAUUUAAAAGACUUUUCACUACGUUCCGAUUUUAACUAUGCAAUGCAGCCGUCGUUAAUGUAUAUAUUCUUAUUGUUAAUGUUAUUUGCACUGACCACUGUGAUGUGUACAUUUUUUGUUGGUUCAUUAGAGGAAAUACAGGACAGUCGGAGAGUAAUCUGAUGAAAUCGAGAUAGAAGACAAAAAGCAGAUUUCAAUUAAGACUCAAUGCCUAAAACUACCCAAAAUAAACAUCAA